AUGAAAGGGUUAUCGAGCAGCCGAGGCCACCUUCAUGCAGCCAACUGUGACCUUUCAUAUGAUGCACUUUCCCACCAACAGGAAAGGAAGCCAUACGUAAUCAAUCCAGUUGACUCCCACCCUGGGGAUCAUUCCUAUUACACCCAGCGGAACUCUUUUCACUCAGACUGCACGGUUCCACUCAAUGACCAAAUGUCCAGCAGCACUUUUCCCAGAAGACAUUAUAGUUCACAUCAUGAUCUCAAGGAUGAAUGUGCACUGGUGCCUGCACCCACAUCCAAUAAAAUUAAUCGGAUUCCUGCCAACCUCCUGGACCAGUUUGAAAGACAGCUCCCAAUCCGUCGAGAUGGCUUCCACACCUUGCAGUAUAAACGGACAGCCCUGGAACACCGAAGUGAAAGUCCAGGAAGGAUACGCCAUCUGGUCCAUUCAGUGCAAAAGUUGUUUACCAAGUCCCAUUCUCUGGAAGGUCCUUCCAAGGGAAACAUGAAUGGCAAUAAAGCAAAUUCCGAUGAGGUACAUGCUGUGAAACGUGGAAAACGCAGCAAGAGCAAAGACAGGAAGUCGGAAUUGAAGAACAAAUCUAACAUUUCAGGUUGGUGGAGCUCAGACGAUAACUUGGAUGGUGAUGUAUGCCUUUAUCAUGGACCAACAAAUGUGAUGACCAUGGGUCGAUGUCCUGACCGUUCAACAUCUCAGUACUUCAUGGAAGCUUAUAAUACCAUCAGUGAGCAGACCUUAAAAACCUCCCGGAGCAAUAAUGACAUGAAGUGUACAACUUGUGUAAAUAUUCCACUGAAUGUUGAUGCACAGAUCAUGAAGAAGAGCUCGUGGUCUUCAACUUUAACUGUGAGCCGAGCCCAUGAAGUUUAUCAGAAAUCCUCGCUGAAUCUUGAUAAUAAAACUCUCAUGAAAUCAGAAACAUGCCAGCAAGAACGUUCAUGCCAGUAUCUCCAGGUUCCUCAAGAUGAAUGGAGUGGCUAUUCACCACAAGGCAAAGAAGAUGAAAUUCCUUGUCGGCGAAUGCGCAGUGGCAGUUACAUUAAAGCAAUGGGGGAUGACGAUAGUGGAGACUCAGACACCAGUCCCAAACCUUCUCCAAAGAUUGCUGCACGACGAGAGAGCUAUCUCAAGGCCACCCAACCAUCCCUAACAGAGCUCAGCACACUCAAGAUAUCAAACGAACAUUCUCCUAAACUUCAGAUACGAAGCCACAGUUACUUACGGGCAGUCAGUGAAGUUUCAAUUAACCGAAGUUUGGAUAGUUUGGACCCCGCGGUGCUUCUCGCCUCGCCUAAAUUCCGUUCUCGCAACGAGAGUUACAUGAGAGCUAUGAGCACCAUCAGCCAGGUGAGUGAAGUGGAAGUUAAUGGACAAUUCGAAUCUGUUUGCGAAUCAGUAUUUAGUGAAUUGGAGUCGCAGGCGGUUGAGGCACUGGAUCUGCCCAUGCCAGGGUGUUUCCGUAUGCGAAGCCACAGCUAUGUGAGGGCCAUCGAACGUGGCUGCUCACAGGAUGAUGAAAGUUUGUCACUUAGGUCAGCAUCACCACCUCGAACCACCACAACAGUGAGGACAAUCCAAAGCAGUACUGGUAGGUUGUCAUUAAGCAGUGCAAGCCAAUUGUCAUCGUGUAUUACUACAUAUAAGAAAAAUCCUCCUCCAGUUCCACCACGGACCACAAUUAAACCAUUCAUCUCAAUCACUGCGCAGAGCAGCACAGAAUCUGCUCAAGAUGCAUAUUUGGAUGGCCAUACCCAGAGGGGUGAUCUAAACAGCCAGUCAGGAUUAAGUAACUCCACCGAAAGUUUGGAUAGUGUCAAAGCCUUAACUGCUGCUAUUGAAGCUGCAAAUGCACAGGUUCAUGGACCAUCUAACAGUCAACAGUACAUUGACAACACACCAGCAAACGACAAAGGAAUCCAGCCAGCAGAGGAAUCGAAAGGGGAUGUGUUGAGAAAAAGCAAAUGUUCUUCUGUUGGAAUACAGGUGAACGAUGUUGAUGGCCCAGAACAAUUAACUUUAGCAGAUACACAUACAAACAAAUUCCAGUCAGUAGGAAUUCAAGUGGAGACAGAGAAGUGUUUUCGAAGAUUUACACGGUCAAACAGUGUGACAGCAGCAGUACAGGCUGAUCUGGAUUAUAAGGAGAAUUCUGAAAGUUCAAUGGGACCCCAGGAAGUAGUUUCAAGUCCAUUACUAAGGCAGCACUCCAAAGAUGCAAGCACAUCCACACCUAGCUUUCUUGGACCAGAGGGCAACCACUUGCAGGCCAGUGCACAAGAGAAUGCCUUUGACUCAAAUUUUGAUCCUUCUUUUCUGCCACCCCCUGAACCCUGGAUCAACUCUACAUCAGAGGCUGAAGUAGAAGCAGGCCAGAGGUCGGUGUGUCAAAGGGACGGACGAUGGUUUAUGAAAUUGCUUCAAGCUGAAAAGGAGCGCAUGGAUGCCUGGUGUCAACAGAUGGAAAAGGAAGAACAAGAAAAUACCCUUCCUGAAGAAAUUUUGGGGAAAAUCCGAAGUGCAGUUGGAAGUGCUCAGCUCUUGAUGUCCCAGAAGUUCCAACAAUUCAGUGGGCUGUGUGAAGAAAACAUGAAUCCAAAUGCAUGCCCUCGACUGACCUCCCAAGACUUGGCAGGAUUUUGGGACAUGCUACAGUUGUCUAUUGAGAACGUCAGUAUGAAAUUUGAUGAGCUGCAUCAACUCAAGGCAAACAGUUGGAAGCAGGUGGAACUGCCUGAAAAGAAGGAGAAAAGAGUUCCCCCUCCCGUGCCAAAGAAACCCCCAAAGGGUCAGGUACCCCUGAAACGUGAAAAAUCACUUGAGGCCACAGAGAAACAAAGGCAGGAGGCACGGAAGCGUCUGAUGGCUGCCAAACGAGCUGCAUCAGUAAGACAGAACUCUGCCACGGAGAGUGCGGACAGUAUUGAGAUCUAUAUCCCAGAGGCCCAGACCAGACUAUAAGCUACACUGGAGAGGAAUGGUGAUAACUUUAAAUCACAGAACUGGUGGUUUGUAACAUAUUUGUGUUACAGGUUCAUGAGGGAUACAUCCUAGUGCAUGUAUCCCUUUAACCCUCUGAAGGAACAUUA